AGAUGCUCCUGACUUUUAGAACCUCAUGUCAGCCUGAGACCAAGGCGUGAGGCCUCCUUCACCCUGAGGUUGCCAGCCACCAGUCUUUUACUAUUUCCCUCACCAUGGACACUUGGCAGAGAGGAUCCAUCAGGUCCUCAGGCUUCUUCAAGCGUCUAUCACUCCGGAGAAAUAAGAAACUGGGCAGUCAAGUCCUUAUCUUGAAUCAGAACAGCCAAACGCUAGAUUCUAAUGGACAAUACAACAAAAGGGAGCUCCUCAGAGACCUGAAAGGGCAGCCGAACUACUUGUCAUGUCAGAGUGAACAAAACCUAGCCACCAAGAUGCAGCCGCCUCCCAAACCACCGCGGCUGUACCUGGACACUGCCAGCUGCCCCAAUAUAAUAGACCACACUGAUUUGCCCUCAGCAGAAAAUUCAUUUCGAAGUCACUCCCAUAAGGCCACUCAGACGCAGUCAGAUCUUUUUUGCAAGAACCAAACUAUGGACUGGUGCUACUCUGAAACCAUCUCAUGGCAUGGCACACCUGAUCCACUGGACUCUUUCUUUUCUUUCAAACUUGACUUGGGCCCCUCGCUCCUUGAAGACAUUCUGCAGACACUCAAAACCAAAAACUUGCUAUUGAAUUAACUGCCGUUUUAGUGGUUCCAGCUGAAACCAAGGAAUUAAUAAUCCUCCUGAACUACUGGUUCUCCUUCACUGUCAGUAUACACCCAAAGACCAUUCUAGGUGGACCAUUCCCACUGAACCUUUUAUAGUACACUAAUCAGGAAAAAGCAUAACCCUGUUUUGGGUAUCACUGGAACUGCUGCCAUUCCUCUCAUAUUUGCAAUCAUUUCUCCUUUCUGUCUCAGUCUGUUUCAGUCUGGUGUGCAGGGAAUACACCUGUACCCUUGAGCCAUUUCAGAGUCUAAAGCAAAUAUGCAUGCGCAGGAAGAGUAGGUGGUUAUGGCACAAUGAGGAAUUCACAGAUUUGUUUGUUUGAACAUCAUCUCCACAACCUCAGCUAGAUAUAUCUCAAAACCAAAACUCUGCCAUAAAAGACUUGUUCAGAA